AUGGAUGUGUUGCCGGCGCAGUUUCGCACUCUGCGCUAUCUCGGGCUGUGGUGCGAAGCAUCGGAGCAUCAGCACUGGCUGGUGAAGUACAUCUGGAAGCCGCUAGUCAUCAGCAUCGUGGUGCUCAUGACGCUGUCGAUGCUGGGCGCCACUCAAGUUUACCGCGACGACCUCGGCGAAUUGACCGAAUGCUUGUUCUUGAGCCUCACCUGGCUGGCCUUCUGCCUGAAGCUACUCAACUUCCUGUGGCGCGUCGACGACAUGGACGGCCUGCUGAGCGAGUUUCGCGACGACGCCUUCGCACCUCGCACCGACGACGAGCGUCGAGUGCUGGCGAGCUACCGACGGCUUCUGCGGAUCGUCGGCACGCUAUACAUGAGCAUCGCCCAGACGAGCGCGGUGGCCUUCGAGCUUCUGCCCCUAGCCUCCUUGGCUGCCGGCAGCGACGAUGUCCCCUUGCCGUACAAGACUUACGAACUUUACGAUCGCGCGGACCCCGUGAGCUACUCGCUCGCCUACGCGUCCCAAGUGCUCGCCUUCGCUGUCGGCAUAUGCGCCAACGUCAGCCUCGACAGCCUACUCAGCGGAUUCAUACUGCUGAUCUGCGCACAAAUCGACAUCAGCCGGCGGAGAUUCGCCACCUCGGCGCGCGACGGCGAUCACGCGAAGGCGACGAGGGACUGCGCCGCCCAUCAGGUCGCCAUUCGACGGAUCAUCCGAAAAGUGCAGAGUUUCUUUGUGAACGUCGUCGUGCUACAGUUGUCCUUUAGCCUGAUCACGCUAUGCACGAGUUUGUACAACGUCACCCGAAUGGAACUGGUCGAGUCGCUCGUUAUGGUCAUGUACCUCGGCUGCUUGGAGUGUCAAAUCUUCUUCUACUGCUGGUUCGGCAACGAGCUGAAACUGAAGACCGGCACGAUCUGCGACACCAUCUGCGAAUCUGACUGGGCUGCCUUUUCGCCAGCGGACAGGAAGAACCUGUACUUAAUUCUGCUCGUUUGUCGAAGGGACGUGACGAUAUCGCUGCACGGCCUUUGUCCGAUUACUCUGGACGUCUACAUCUGGGUGCUGAAAACAUCAUACGCAAUUUAUAAUUUGUUGAAAACCGUAGAGGCUAGAAAUGAAUAG